AUGGAUAAUAUGGACAGAAUGUGUAUAAGAUUUCACUUUGGUGGUACUUUUACCACCGUUGGAAGCGGCCAGUUCUAUGUUGGUGGAGAUAUUGCUGAAUCCUGGAUAGAUGUGGACAGACUUUCAUUUUUUGAGAUCAAGGGCCACGUAACUGAUCACUAUAAUGCAACAAGUGUCUUGAGGUUGUACUGGUUGAAGCCUGGGAUGCAUAUAGAUAAGGGCCUUGUGUUGUUGCUAGAUGAUGAUUCCUGCCAGGUCAUGGCUUCUUAUCACAGUGAUGGUAGUUGUGUUGACAUGUAUGUUGAGGAGGUGGCUAUGGAGAUCAAUGCAGAUGAUCAGGACAUAUGGCUUGGUGAUGAUGAGGGAGGAGAUGAUGCAAAUGAUGAAGAUGUGCCUGCUGAUGUAAUGCCAAGCCCACUGAUGGAUGACAAAGAUUACCAAUCUUACAUGGCAUUCUACAAGUCACCUUCAAAGAACUCAGACAAAGGAAAAAGGCCUGCAGUUACAGAAGAUGAAGAAGACUCUGUGCAGAUGUCAUCUGAUGAUACAUCUGAUGAAGAGUACAAGCAGCCAUCAGAGGAAGACAGCUCUGCAGAUGAUGAAUUGAGAAAUUAUGCAAGGCAGAUUAAGAGAAACAUCAGAGCAAAGAAGCUAGGUAUUCAUGCCAGUGAAAUUGUGGACAUUAGAGCAGAGGAUCUAGUUGAUGAAGUACCAAAUUUGGAUGAACCUGGCAGUCCUUUCCUUGAUUCCAGUGAUGAGUAUUCUUAUGAGGAAAAUAGUGAUGGGGAAACUGAAAGGUGGAAGACAUUGGAGAACAGGUUUGAUAGUAAGGCUGAGCUCCCUGCUUUCUCACUUGGGAUGGCAUUCAGAUGCAGCAGGCAGUUCAAGAAGGCACUUGUAAAGUAUGGACUAAAGGCACAUAAGUCACUCAAAUUUGUCAAAGAUGAAAAGACUAAGGUUAGGGCUAUAUGUGACUGGCCUGCUGGAUGCAAUUGGUUGAUAUAUGGGUCAAAGACUACCAGGUCUCAAGGUGGUAACAUUUGA